UUUUCACGCGCAUGCGUAGAAGUUGAAAGACGGGCUAGCUUUAUCAGUUAGCUGGGUUGGAUCAUUUAACUUUGACAUAACCUCCUCUUUUAAAGCUAUCAAGUUUAUAUAAUCGGUGUGUUACUUAAUAACUUAAGCAACUUCGUCAUGUUACAGUUUUUGGCUGGUUUCACGUUGGGGAAUGUUGUGGGGAUGUACCUUGCUCAAAAUUAUGAAGUUCCCAAUAUAGCCAAGAAAAUUGAAGCUUUUAAGAAGGACGUGGAGGCCAAGAAGAAGCCACCAGAGUAACCAAAACAGGAUUGUGCAACAAACAAGAGGAGACAUCUUCCACUGAGAUUAUUUAUUCCACUGGGUUUCAUCGACUCUGUGGGGUUUGCGUUUGCAAAUGUCCAUUUGUAAAUGUGUAUAAAAAUAUAAGUAAUUCCAGGACAAGCGUUUCCCACCUCAGUUAUAAAUCCUUGUUCCCAAUGUAGCCUUCCUCAUUGAGUAAACAGUGCGGUAACUGGAUUUAAAGAAUAAUGCAGCUAAUUGGUGGGAAUCACUUCAAGUCCAAGUUGGCGGCACUGGUUGCCUGAUUUUUCUGUAAUGCAGUGUGAUUAUUUUGCUUGAAGUGCAUUGCGAAAGCUACGCAAAAGCUGCCAAACAUUUUGACAAGUGUUGAUGAAUGCUGUUCUACAUCCUUAAGCCUUUAAUAAAGUUAUAGAAAAUGACUUUA